ACCGGCGACGUGCCCCUCCUCAUGGGGGCGUGGAACCCGCGCCCGGGCGUCCUCUCCAACCUCAUGUGGAUCAUGGACCGCGUGUUAAAGUUCACCAACUUCGGCAUCGUCAGCGUGCUGCACGAGGACUUCUUUAUACAGGCGGGUCGGGAUAAACGCGACGCGUCCCUGGAAGAGCUUCGUCGCCACAUUGUCAACAGCUACAUUCCUCUUGGGAGGCAGUUCAUGGUUCUCUUCCCUGAAGGUGGCUUCCUGCAUAAGAGGAGAGAAAUAAGUCAGAGAUUCGCAGAUAAAAACAACUUGCCAAAGCUGGAGUAUGUCACUCUGCCGCGCGCCGGCGCGAUGAAGAUCAUCAUGGAAGAGAUAGGGCCACAGAGGGAGUACAGCCCCGGGACGUCUCAGAACGAAAACAGCAAAAGAGAGAACCAUACCACCCGAAACGUACCCCGAGCCGUCGCAGCCACCAGCCCGCACUUAGAAUGGGUGCUGGAUGUGACCAUAGCGUACCCAGACCGAGUGCCACUCCAUCUGAUCCAGGACGUGGUGUGCGGCAUCAGGCCCCCCUGCAGCAUACGGUUGCAUUACAGGCUUUAUCCAAUCACUGAGGUACCACCAGACUCAGAAGGUAUGACCCAGUGGCUGUACGACAGAUUCAUAGAAAAGGAUAGAAUGCUAGAAGAAUACUACAGGACCGGUCAGUUCCCGACCACAUCUGACACUCAAGUUGUUAGACAAGUCAGACAAGACAAUCUGAGGUUCCUCAUAGUGCACGCUUUCUUCAUAGCGUCGACUUACGUGCAAUAUCAGUUGUUCUACGCUGUGUGGAGUUGGAUUUGGUAACAAGGGUUAUUUCACGAUUGAUUUGUAGAUUUGGUUGUUUUUUGUUUUGUGCGAACGACUGUGUAGGUCAGGUGAAAUUGGAUUUACCUUUUUAUUCCGUUUAGAACGUUCGUCAUGCCAAACUAUAUUAUUGUUUUACCUGGCAGUAAAGAUUGAUUAAAUUGUACUAAAUGUGUUAAUAUAACACAAAUUCGUUCCUCAAAUUUGACAGCUAUCAUUGAUUUUGAUGUACGGCUCCGUAUAUUAUUCGGCAACUCUGGUUGUCAAUACUUGACGUUUGACAAAUCAGAGGCAAAUUCAAACUUACAUUGUGAUAUCAUAAUGAUGUCAGUCACGCGUGCAUUUUGCUCGUAAGUACUUGUCAGUACAUGACGUACAGACGAAUGGCAUCAUUUAGAUAUAUGUAAUUUUAAUGUCACAAUGUACAUUUCAAUUGGCCUCUUACAUAUUGGUACCGUACAGCAGCGCCCUCUUUUUCAGCUGUCGAACUCGGGUGUAGGUACGUUUCUUUCUUAGACUCUGCACAUCUCAUACAAUCUUUUAAGCUUUGCUGGCAACCAGUACGCUGUCCAAAAUAGGCGUAUCCACUUGUCACAAUUUUGAGAAAAUGUAUUGCUAACCUUUAUAUAGUAGUGUCAAAAUUUUUGUAAAAUCACAUGUUGAUAUUGUAGGUAACAAAAUGGUGGACCAAAUAAUAAUAUUAUGCACUGUUCAAGACAAGUGGUGUCAGCAAGCCAGUGUACAAAUGUGCUAAAAUUCAUGGGAACUUGGGGUGACUUUGAAUUAUGGGGCGGCUUUGAAAUGUGGGGUGGUUUUGAAAAUGUUUAGUUUUACGCAAGAUAAACCUACUGUUUUUUUUACUAUCGCGUCUGCUCCUCUUUAUCUGGAAAUAAAAUUAAAUGACGGCUCGAUUCGGAAAAUGAAAUAGAUCUCUACUAGACGUCAACAAGUUACGAUAUGGAUAAUUUAAAGAUAUUUGUAAGAUAGAUAUGUCAAAUUUGACGUUUCCGCGAUUCUGGAGGUCCUCUUGAACGAUUUCGACAAGUUAUGACUUAGAUAUCCAAGUCACAUCUAGUCGAUAUCUAAUGUAAAUCUAGUUGAUCUCUAUAUCGUUUCCCGAAUACGCGUGUUAGUCUGUGUAAAGAUUUAAUAUUAUUACAAGAUUAAAUGCGAUCAAUUGUUCAAUGAUUUAAAAUAAUAGUUUUCUUUCUACUACAGUUUUAUUAUUUACUUAAUAAUAUGAAACAGGUAAGUAUAACAUAAUAACUUAAAACGUAAUAACGGCAUGUUUCGUAAUUUUUUUUUCUAUAUCUACCUAAAUUGUUACGUUACCGUCUAAAUCCUCUAAUAUAGCGAUAAUGUUAUUUUAUUCAAAUUUGAAUGACAUUGAAAUCUCUAUUAGUAGGUAAAUCCAAUUUCACCCAACACAAAUAAACACUCAAAUUAAUUUCAAGACUCCCUGUUACGUGAACUAACAGUACUAAUGUUGUACGGACCAGAUUAAUGAAAUUCAAAAUGUCAAAAAUUCAGCUAUGUGCAUGCCAGUGGCGCUGCUUGGCGUCUGUUUCCCUUAAAUAUUUGACAAUUGACAUAAGCUUCACACUUGUUGUCAUCUGUCAAAUUUUGGUAGAAAGUUAUGUCAUGAACAACAUUUAAACAAUCGCUUUGACAGAUUCUGACUACCUAUUUAAUUUGCACAUAGCUAGUCAAAUGUAAAUUUAAAAAGCUAUUUGCCUAUUCAAUGUUGUAUAUAAUAAUCACACAAGAUGUUUUGAAGUCAUUAUUAAUUAAUUUUUCCCUUUUUUUUUUAAUUAUUCGUUUUCGGCUAUCGAGUGUAACUUAAAACUGUCAAUGAGAAAUAAAAUAUGAUUAAAUGAAUUUUGUUAAUAAAUUGCUUAUUUUUCGCUCGGUCACGUGCAAUAUGGAGGAUGGUUCUUAAAACAAGUAUUGACCAAAACAUUGACCAAACAAUUUAUUCAAAAUAAUACUUGCAAGAAAACUAUAUCUAUAAUUAAAACUUUUACCAAUCGGUAGCCGGAAACCGAAUAGCGGAAGUACAUUUUUGAUUUAGCUAUUAAUUUUAAGAGGUAUGUUUGCGCGGUAAGUUUAAUUGUUAUUUUUUUAGCUAUACGUCCUUACAACGUUACCUCGAGUAGAUCCGUGCCGAGGGCACGUAUCACUUUCCUUGGUCACAUUUGGACGCUGUCUCUUUUCACCCCGCAGUGAUAGAAAGAGCAAGCGUCAUUGUUAGCAGAAUAGUGAAUCUUAGUUACGUUGAUUUAAUCAAAGUGUGCUGUGACUUAUCAGUCAGUAUGUAAGUUAACUUUUUAGAUUAAGACAUGCACUUUAUGCGAAACCAAAUUACACUCAUGGACAAAUUUUGAGGAACACAAAAAAAAGUUUAAUUAAUAAUUUUGAAAUUACUUUUAUUUAGGUGCAGUAAUCCAGUAAAUAUAUUUUUUUUGCGCGCCCCUCAAUCUGCCCAUGAGUACCUAAUUUAGCAUUUGUAAUAAAAUAUCCUAUUAUUACAAAUGCCAUAAAAUUUAUUGAGACAAUAAACGUUAAAAUAGCCCCUUCAUAUGAUUUUAAAGAGUUCGUUCAAUUUCAAUAUUUAGUUAAGAUUUUCACGCUGGUCCGAGUUUGGGUUUAAAAAUCGAAAUGUUAUACAAAAGGAUUCUCGGAGGCGUUUCUGUCGAGAAUUUUUGACGCAAAAAUCCCGGCGUUUGUGAGAAAUAAAUUACGUGAAUUUUUUUUUUGUUAAUUAUAUGUUCGCAUUUUCCUGUACUAUGUUAUAUUAUGUAAAGUAAGCUAAAUUGUAAGUGGCGAUAUCCAUUUAAUAGAUAUCCAUAUCAUACGUGUAAGUGUAUCGCCCAUUUUUUUUCAUUUUUCAAACAGACCAUUGUUUUCGUUUUUUCCAAAAACAAGAUUUAUUUGUUUUACAAGGCUCAAAUAAAACAACUAGAAUCAUCAGUUCAAUAACAAUAAGCUGUUAUAACAAUAGGUAACAAAAAUACACGUACCAAUAUUUUUGUCCAUCAAUAAAAAAAUAGCUACUUGUAUACCUACUUACUUGAAAAUUUUUUUAAUACUAAUAUUUUAGUAAUAACUAAUACAGAAAAUCUUCAUUUUCUUAUCAAACGCCGUCCUUGGGACAAAGUAAGGUUUUUAAACCUAUCCAUGUCUAAAUUAGGUUAGAUUACCUGCUAUAAAAAAUAAGAAUAACAUUAUUUGAUGUAAGGGUCACUUUUAUAACUAUAAAAUUAUUUGUUUCUUUUUUUAUAAAAAUCAGUUAUUACGCCCGCAGUUAAAAGAAAAUAGUAAAUUUUAAAUAAGGAUUUAGGUACAUAGCACAUGUAGCUUCGAAGAGUAUAUUUAAAUUUAUUGAAGAAAAAACAUAUAACCUGGCCCUAACCUGAUGUAAUAAUACCUUAUUGUGUAUAUAAAAAAAAUCCUUAAGUAAUUAUUUCCGAACAAAAAAUAUAAUUCUGGUAAAGAUAUGCCAAACAUUUUACCAUAAGUGCCUAGGCUUAUUAUACUUGAGUAUAUUGAGGGCUUGUUAAAAUUUUGAAUGUACAGUCAGCGGCAGAAGUUGCUAAGCGGGCGAGGUGUUCAAAAUUACCUUGACACGCUCUUAUGUUCAUAACAAUAAAGUCGCGUCAAGAUCAUUUUAAACACCUCACCCGCUUAGCAACUUCUGCUGCUGACUGUAACAGAUAAACAUUGUAAAUACACAAAAUUACUGUUUAGGUUAUUAAGUCUUUGAUGUGUGUAAAUGUGUAAAAUAUCUGUAUAAUCAUUUUUGAAAUGCUGUGUACUAACUACGAUCCUUUUUUGGAUUUAUCUGAAAAAGGGCUUUUUCAUUGUACAAAAAUAAUUAUCGCCUCGCCAUCGACACAGAAACAUUCCUUUGAAUCUGACUACUUAUACGUUCAGUCAUACGGCAAAAUUUUAAACAGAUGUAUAUUUUCAGAGACGUUAAAACCCACGUAAUGGCCAUAUCUUCCGUCGCAAGUAUCGCGCGGUGCGCCACAUCUAUCUCUUGUUCCUUUCUAAUGUCCUGACUACGCCCUCUCGUAAGAAGAUACCAUCUGAGCUUUUUCGUUAGUUUCUGCUUAAUUCGGUUCAAAUAAGAUUUUAAAUGCAAGAAUGACUGAGAAUUGAAAGGCUAAUCCAAAAACAACGAGCUUUCAAAGGAAUUUUUCUGAAUAAAUAUCGCAUUCUAGCACUCUCUUUUUAAAACUUUCAACUAUAUUCAGAUUUAAGACGCUGUAGAUUUUAUAUGACUUUCAUAAAACAAAAAAAAUUACGGUAUCAUAGGUAAAAUAUCAGAAGCAAUAUAAAUAGUUUCCAGACCAAGUUCCUUUGAUCCAAAACUGUGCCUUUUCAUAAAACGGAAUGUUAUUAGGACGAAAUAUUUACUUAUACCUACCUCUAUCAUAUUGUUUUGUCAUUAUAGUUAGAAAUACGACUAGUUAAAUACCAUCUGCACCUAACUUCUCACAUCAAAAUUUUUACUAUUGUAUCUAAUCCGUUCCUGGACGGGCUUUGAUGGAAAAAGGCUCAAGCGCCGAAAGCUAUGCAAUUUGAGACUUUCUGUAUAAUCACAGAAUUUGAUUUCUGUGCCGCUUCGUUGGUGCAUUGUCAUAGUGGCAAUAUGAAAACUGCUAUAGUCAGACCGUAAAAAAACUGCAGCGAUUUUGAUAGGUGAUAGCCCACGCAGUGCAAGUGUCAUUUUAAACGUCAAACUUCUAUGAAAUUAUGACGUAUACAUAACACUUACACUGCGUGGGAUAUCAAAUCCGCUGAAGAUUUUGUUUGGUGCGACUAUAGAGAUCUCAUAUUAUUGUCACUGUGGGAAGGUGACACUUUCUCAAUUCAAGCAGAAAAAAUCAAUAUUUUGCGUAAUUUAUGCUUUAUAAGUAUUACAUUACGGGUGUUACACUCAAUGGUAUUGCUGCAUUUAACCAAAUUGUAUUCUUAUCAAUAGUUUCACUGCAAAAAAUAUUGUCACAAUACUACUGAUUGUGAUGACCUUGACUUUAUUUAAAUAUGCGAUUAUACACUUACCUAAACUUUGAAUUUGAUAAACAGGAUAAUAAUAUGUUUAUAACUGAUAAUUUUUAUGUAGUUAAAUAAAUAAACAAAUGUAUGAUGAGAAUAUCCCUGUUGUGUUUCCUUUUAAUAUGAUAUGACACUACGUUUGUUAUAUUAACAACAUAAAAUAGAAAUAUCAAAACUACAUGUAUCAUACAUUUAUAAUUUGAAUGCCGCUUCAAAAGUCCUAGCUGAGUGACGACAAGAUGUAUGUAAGUUAUGCGUUUUAUGAAAUUACGCAUAUACGUAUCACUUACUACAAGUGACAAUGAAAACCAUCUUAUAUUGUCGCUGUCGCUAUGUCACGUCACUUUGUAGCGUUUGACGCUACAUUUGGGAUAAGGACAAGUCUUAAACUAUAUUUAUUCUAAAGUGACACAAGACUUAAAGUCCUCAGUCCUAGUUAUUAUAUUUACGCUCGAUGGCUCGACAGACUUAGUCAAUACUAUUUAUACUGUUUUCGUAGCUUUUCUGAUAGGCUCAGAAAACGUAAAGACUUGAUGUAAAAAUGUGACUGCUUGAGCCUUAACAGUUUGAGCUUUCAAGGCUUUACUUGCAACACUAAAUUCCACGCAACGAAACUGAAAAAAGGGAACUACUUUUGUGUUUUUUUUAUUAUUUAAUGAAGUUAGGAAAAGUAGGUACAACAGUCAUUAGCGUUGCUACGCGGGCGAGGUGUUCAAAAAUUACCUUGACACGAUAUUGUUCUCUUAACAAGACGCGCGCGACGCGUGAAUGUCAUUUUGAACACCUGGUCCGCUUAGCAGCUUCUGCUGCUGACUGUACUAAACUGUUUUCAUCUAAAAAUAUUGACGUAAGUGUGUCCGGCCAUCUAACUGUUGUUACUUUUUUAGCUCGCUUUCUAAGUUUAUUUUUGUUUAUUUUAAUUAGUUAAGUAUUAAAGUUGUGACGCUUUGUACGAAUGUGUGAUUUGUAGAUAUAAUUUCGAUUCUGUUAGAUUAGGGCUCGUACGAUUUUGUAAUUGUAAACAUUUUCUUUCGAAUCAAUCUCUUUUCCUUUUGAACGCCAAGGUAAAGGCGUCGCAACUAGUCGGGUCCACAGCGCCAUGAAUACAUAAGGCCCCCCCCCACAUCUAUGAAAUCGAAAUCGAAAGACGCUAGAUGUGGGGGGGCCCUAAGUGUUAUGGCUUUCGCUGUCAAUGUAACCUUCACACUUUAAGCUUAACAUUAGCGUUCAAAGGGUUAGUGAAAAUAUUUGGUGAGUUUCCAACGAUUAGCUAUUAUAUAUGUAACUUUUACUAAGGACCUGAAGUCGUAGAAAUAAUUAAUUAGACAUAGAAAAUAUCCAUAUCUACGAUCAGCUGAAACUUAUAAAAGUUAUAAAUCAGCAAUUGUUUUCGCGAUUUUUCGGUUGGAACAUUGCAAAAAAUGUCAGUUCUCUUAGUAUGAAACGUUAUAAAAUAUGUUUUGAUUCUUAUGUCAGUCGAACAAGGUGCACAUUAAUUGUGUGCAUAAUUAUGGUUGCCAGCGGAAUGUACCUAGAUGUUUGUCAAUCGAGUAUGCAACAUGAUGAAAAUCAAGAUCACAAAUCUAGAAUGAAUGAAUUGAAAGAUGAUCGAAGUGUGUAAAAUGGAAGCCAUAACGUAUAAGAACAUUUCAUUAGUGUGAAAGAGGCAGGAUUACAAAUGAAAAAAACCGGGAAAGUGCGAGUCGGACUCGCGCACGAAGGAUUCCGUACCAUAAUGCAAAAAAAGGCAAAAAAAAAACGGUCCCCCAUCCAAGUACUGACCUCGCCCGAUGUUGCUUAACUUCGGUCAAAAAUCACGUUUGUUGUAUGGGAGCCCCACUUAAAUCUUUAUUUUAUUCUAUUUUUAGUAUUUGUUGUUAUAGCGGCAACAUAAAUACAUCAUCUGUGAAAAUUUCAACUGUCUAGCUAUCGCGGUUCGUGCGAUACAGCUUGGUGACAGACGGACGGACGGACGGACGGACCGACGGACGGACAGCAGAGUCUUAGUAAUAGGGUCCCGUUUUAUCUUUUGGGUACGGAACCCUAAAAACAUCGUGCGUGAGAUGCGCGCCAAUCGCCAAAACAAUAGUCGUAGACAGGUCGUAUCGAAACCAUUUCAAUAUAUAUAUAACAAGUUGUUUAACUAGAAUCGACUCCAGCUCAGCUUAUUAAAGUCGUUGCAUUCUUAACGUGGCAAACAUUUUAGUGAUAUAUUUUUGCGGAGAGACAGGGAAGUUAUGUAUGAGUGAGAUAGAUUUAAGGAACACCCAAGCUAAAGUGGACUCUGUAUUUUAGGUACAAAAUGUAAAAAUGAGAUUUCAUUUCCUAAGUACAAGUGAAUUUUGUUUGUUGGCCAUAGAUGAUAAAAAUGUUUUUCUUUUAUAUGUAAGGCGCAUUAAUACUUGUGUUGACAGAGUGUACGGAUUUUGUAAAAUGUGACUAAUAUUUGGUAUUUUCUUUAGUUUAUUGUAAAAAUGUAUUAAACGAAAAAUAAUUCGCUGUUGUAGCAAAAUCUAUCAUACUUUCUCCAAUGCGAUGACACAUUCAUAUUUUUAUCUGCAUGUUUGAAAAAGUAAUAACCGACCCCGUACACUUUGUAUGAAAAUAGAUAUUUCAUCUGAGGAAGGCGAUUACUUGCGAAAUUAAACUUUAACGACAUAAUAAUAAGAAUUGAAUCGCCUUCGUGAAAUGAAUUAACUAUAGCUUGCUUGGUUUCGCUGUAAAUAUGUAUACGGGAGGUGUUACACAAUUGUCAACAAUAAAGCACUUUAAUGGCA